AUGGGGCAAAGAGAAGCACCUGUACUUGUGAUCCGCCAACCAUUUUAUAAAUUCAAUCGCUAUAACAAAUCGUCGUUGAGAGCACUAGUCAUCACGGAUAAAUACAUUGCUAAGCUUGACUCGAUUAGCUUCAAACUACUCAAGGAACCAAUUCCUCUGCUCAAAGUAACUCGGAUAUCUCUGUGUCCGGAACCAAAUGGUCUGUUCAUCAUCCAUGUCCCUGACAAUGACAUCAUUGGAUGCAUGAAGAACCCCAAGGACGAAGAAAGGGUCGGAGAACUUGUUGGUGUACUGCUGUACCAAUUCGAGAGGAAAGGUAACCUCAAACAGCCGGAGGUAAUCAUCUCACCAGCUUUGGACGUUUGCCUUGGAGGAAAAUGGAGAGCAGUGAGGAUCUUCCCAGCGGAUGCCACUCAACAGGCGGUGUUCAAGAAAAAUGGCAAUGACAUUGAUUUGAUAUGUCACAAUUUGACAACGGUCUAA